AUGUCUCACACCAGAAAGGUGCAGCAGUGUCUAGAGAAGGCAAGUGCUAAAUAUGUCGACUCAGCAAAAUCGGACAUUCUUGGUGCCUUAGCCGAAUUUAAAGACCUCCUACCUGACAAUGAGAGUUACACAUUCCCAGAUGGUAAACGACGAACAGCUUUCCGCCUACAUGGCACUAUACCUGUGUUUUAUAAGGGUGCUAGAUAUAAUAUUCCUAUAUCAGUGUAUCUAUGGGACACUCACCCGUAUUAUGCACCGAUUUGUUACGUAUGUCCGACACCAACGAUGGUUAUACGUGAGUCAGAGCACGUAACGAAGCAAGGGCGCGUAUUUCUGCCUUACCUGAAUGAAUGGCGGUUCCCGGGUUAUGAUUUGAACGGCCUGUUACAGGUAAUGGCAAUGGUAUUCCAAGAGAAAUGUCCAGUUUUUGCGAAGUCAUCGUCAGCUUCAGCAAACAGUACGCCGACACCGACUUCUGCCACAUCCCAAGCGACACCUUCAUAUCCUACUCCUUAUCCGACAUCAAAUCCUUCGAUGCCGACUCCUUAUCCAACUGUCAUGCCUCCAUAUUCAGGGCAAACUCCAUAUCCCACGGCAGGCAAUCAAUUUGGAAGUGCAUACAACACACCGUAUCCACAACCAUCAAUUCCAACUCGGCCGACUCCACCAGUUCCUCCAGUUCCUACUUCGUCAGCGGGUACACUUCAGCCGGAGCACAUACGAGUUUCAAUCAUAAGCGCUCUCGAGGAUAAACUGAGAAUGCGGCUAAGGGAGAAAAUGGGCACGUCUCACGCGGAAAUGGCGUCAAUUCGUGAAACUCAAUCUGAACUGCAAGCUGGACAGCGAACACUUCGCAAUAUGAUAGAAGAACUAGAAAAGCAACAGAAACUUUUAGAAUCAUAUAUUUUCGCACAUCAGGAUAAAAAGACCGAAUUGACGCGAACGUUAGCAGAAUGUGGCAAUGACAGCGAGAAUAAAACGGUUGAUAUCGACCAAGCUAUCGAUGCGGCUACACCCCUACACAGGCAAAUUCUGACGAAUUAUGCACAAGACUUAGCGUGUGAUGAUGUCAUUUAUGCACUUGGGCAAGCACUGCGAGAGAAGAAGAUUUCUGUACAAGAAUAUCUGCGACAUGUCCGAGACAUCUCACGAAAGCAAUUUAUAUUCCGGGCCACUAUGCAGAAGUGUCGAAAAGCGGCGGUGCUCUCAGUGCUAUAUAUAGAACCAGUGGUUUUCAGAGAUAUGCAGGCGAUCAAGUGUGUUGUGGUAGGUGAUGGAGCAGUUGGUAAAACGUGUCUACUGAUCUCGUAUACCACGAACGCAUUUCCUGGAGAGUAUAUACCAACGGUGUUUGACAACUACUCAGCUAAUGUAAUGGUGGAUGGUCGUCCAAUCAAUUUGGGCUUGUGGGAUACAGCAGGACAAGAGGACUAUGAUCGACUUCGUCCUUUAUCCUAUCCUCAAACCGAUGUAUUUCUUGUUUGUUUUUCACUAGUCAAUCCCGCGAGUUUCGAAAAUGUUCGAGCAAAAUGGUAUCCGGAGGUUUCUCAUCAUUGCCCGACCACCCCCAUUAUUCUUGUUGGGACGAAAGCUGAUUUGCGUGAUGAUCGGGAAACUAUUGAAAGGCUUCGGGAGCGCAGACUCACUCCGAUCAGUCAAACUCAAGGAUUGGUUAUGGCGAAGGAAAUCAAGGCUGUUAAAUAUUUGGAAUGUUCUGCUCUUACUCAACGGGGUUUGAAGCAGGUCUUUGAUGAGGCUAUUCGCGCUGUCUUAUGUCCGCCUCAAAAGCCGAAAAAGAAGAAGUGCUCUAUCUUAUAA